AUGGCGCUCCCCACCCGGGUCUCCGCGGCCCUGGCGCUCGUCCUGGCGGCGGCCGGGGCGGCGCCCCCCGAGGGCUGCGCCGCGGCGGCCGAGGAUCGGAGGGAGCGACGGGGUGGGGCUGCUGCAGGCGGCGGGCCGCAGCGCGCAGGCAAGAUCGGGUGCCCGAUCGCCUUCGCCGACUUCGGCGACGACGGCUGCUGCCCUGUAACCACGUUCGUGGGCCCGCCAGAGACGUGCGUGGAGCCGACGUGCGAGAACAUCCUGCAAUACAACUGCAACAUCACGUCGGGCGGUUCGCCGACCUGCACGGACGGCGGUGAGUUGCCCGCGGGCGCGUCGAUUGGCAUAACGAUCGGUGGCAACGCAGUGACGCCGACUGUCUUGCAGACUUGCACGCUCGACGGGAAGAGCUGCUACAAGUACUCGGUGAACGCUGUAGGUAUCCAGAUAGGGGGCAGCACUUACAGUCCAGAUUGUAAUUAUUGA